UAUUUGUAGUCAAUCUGUGGAUGCCCCCUAACUUGCCCUAUGCUUUCUCCAUGUUGAAGCUAACGGACAAUAACAUGAGGCGGACAUUGACGUUGGUGCUGUCGCUUUAAACAUAUCUGAGAACCAGGAAGCAGCAGCUCCUGGAAAAACACCGCUGAAUAAAAGCCUGCAGGUGGUGGAUAACGUUACCGAUACCGGGCCCGGCUCCCAUUACAGCCAGAGGUGGUGUGACUGUAACACAUCUUUAACGUUAGAUGAUGAUGAUAAAGGUUGUCGGGCAUUACUGUACCUAACGUUAACGUUACAUGUCUUGCUGUCAGUUGUCUGUUCCGUUGUGUCGGUUAAGGAGUCAUUUACCGUUACAUACCGUGAGCUAGCAGGUUAGCUCUAUUCUGUAGCUAACGUUUACUUGUGUGGCAAAAAGCCAUGUUUGUAUCACAUUUGGAACUGUGGAGAACAUAUUGGGAGUGUUCCAGACCUUACACGGUGUACAUCUGCUCCGUCACGGCCGCACUGUACUAUCUGUGGGGCCGCAAGUCUCAGGCACCAGCCCUGGUUUCUAGCAAGGCUUUUAGCGCAUUCCUCCACAAGCACUGUCCUGUUGUGGCUGAGCGCUUCAGUCCCACUCCGUGGUGCUGGGGAGGCCGGCUUCAAACCCUGGUCUGUGCCCUCCUCAAGUCCAGACCCCCCGUCACUUAUCGCAAUGAGCUGAUCCGUACGGUUGACGGGGGUCAGAUCUCUCUGGACUGGGUGGACAAUUGGGAGAGUGCAAGCUACCCAGAAUCCUCUACCCGCCCCACAGUAUUGAUCCUCCCAGGCCUGACCGGCAACAGCAAGCAGUCAUAUGUGCUCCAUACCAUUAGCCAGGCCACCCGCCGCGGCUACAGGUCAGUUGUGCUCCUCAUCUAUGUGUGGUUCAACAACAGAGGGCUUGGAGGGGAAGAGUUGUUGACGCCUGUCACCUACUGUGCAGCCAAUACCUCAGAUCUAGAGCGUGUGGUGCACCAUGUCAAAGGACUUUACCCACAUGCCCCUGUGCUUGGUGCUGGUGUGUCUAUGGGAGGCAUGUUAUUAUUGAACUACCUGGCCCGUAAGCGUACAGAGUCAGGGAUGGUAGCGGGUUUCACCAUCUCUGUCCCCUGGAAUGCACUGAAGUCCGCUGCCUCAAUGGAAGAACCACUCAACUGGCUGCUCUUCAACAAAUACCUCACGAGCGGCCUGUGUCAUGCUGUUACCAGGCACAGGAAGGUUCUGGAGGAAGUAGCGGACAUUGACUAUGUCUUGAAGGCGCAGACUAUCCGUGAGUUUGACGAACGCUUCACCUCUUUGCUGUUUGGUUAUAAAACUUGUACGGACUAUUACCUUGAUGCCAGUCCAGACAAUAAACUCCCCAAUACAGCAGUACCCAUCUUGUGUCUCAAUGCUGCUGAUGACCCCUUCUCCCCCCAACAUGCCUUCCCGUUGACCACAAUCCAGAGCCUGCCGAACGUUGCUUUGUUGUUGACGGCCCACGGUGGACACAUCGCCUUCAUGGAGGGGUUUUUCCCCCGGGGUGAGAGCUACAUGGAGCGCCUUUUUGGUCAGUUUGUUCAAGCUGUCUUUGAACACCCUAAGGACAUCAAGAAAGCCUGCGGCAUUAGGGAGGAGCAUAAGAGCUGAUCAUCUUUCACCCCGUCACUUUGUUUGUUCUCUGAACCUGAGUGAAUACAAUAAUGACUGCUAGCUGAGAAGAAUUUAAAGGUCACUGGCGUCAUAGCAGUAGAACAGCAAUUUACAAAAAUGAUUGCCCCACUUUGCAUGCUGUGAUCUUACCACAGAAAAUUGGUCCCCUCCAUGUUUGCACAGGGAAUGACCGACUGUAUUUUACCAUCAUAUUACCUCACUACAAAUAUGCUUAUCUACCUCCUCAUCGUCUCAGGUUCUCCUUUUAUUGAGCAAUCAACAAAGGUUUAAAGAAGUCUAGAACUCAUUUUUUAAGUAUUCAAGAAAUCUUGCAGCCAACUAAUAAGUGAAUGUCUAAUAAUAUUGUAUCAACACAAAAAACAAUAUAUACUAGUAGUACUAAUAUUAGUGUAUGAAUAAAUGAAUGUUUAUUUAAAAUAAAAAAGUCAAUAGACUCUAAAUAGCUUUUAAUCAUGUUGUUUUUCCCACAGGCCGUCCCAGUUGUACUUGGCGCACAAUUAGAAAAUGAGUGCUUGGAUUUUAGGAAGUAUUUGAAAUUGUUAUUUAAAUUAGAACAGUUAUACAGAUAUACUUUUUGUUUUGCCUCAUAAGCUACUUUGGUUUGGUGUAACAUUCCUUUAAGGACUAUACUUCCCCACAUUUUAGCCUUGCAUGCAUACUUUGCAUACAAUUUCUCAGUUUAUACCAUACAGUGAGGUAAUCCUGCCAACAGUUCAGUUGUCAGAACUGUCGGUCUCAACCUGAAAACAGCCACACACCAGGAAUGAACAUAUCUGCUAUGAAGAAAAGACUUAUGGAAUUGUAAUAUAGAAUUCUCAUCUGAGUUUUUGAUUUUAAAACAAAAUCUAAAAUGUAAAAGUAUUGUAUGCUUGUAUAUGCUUUUGAAGUGUACAGGUAAAAUGUAAAUUAUGCAGUACAUCAAAUGCGACUGAGCAAAAAACAAUGUAAAAAGUACUUGGGGUAUUUGCACCUGCAGUCAAUAAUUUAAUAGCGAGUGGUUCUGAAUUUGUAUGUGUUGUAAUCUGCCUUUGUUUGUCACUGACGCACUUUUUUGUUAAGGUAAUGAGUGAUAGAUAAAAGAAUGUCUGUCACAUCUGUAUUGUGGCCACCUUCAUUCCACAUGAUUAUUUUUGAUAUGUACUUAUAGAAGGUAAUUGUGUAUUUAUAGAAGGUUGUGUGUGUGUGAAUUAGUCAAGAAUCUGUAGGUUUUUAAUUAUGUGUGUGUAUCACCAGUAGGGCACUGAUGAUACACACACCAUUUUAUGAUGCCAAUACCAAGAUAUUUUCCCCCAGAAGCUACAGUUGUUUGACUCUAAAUGUGACUCAAGAUUAUUGCAGCAUAUGUUGCUAAUUGUGGGCUUAUUGCGUUUUAUUUGCUCUUCAGCUGCUUGCAGAUGUUCACCACUUUCACUUGCCUUUGACUGCUGUGUGUUUUUUAAUGGACAAAUGUUUAUUUUCUGUUUAAGUUUAACUUCUGUACUAUAUGAGCUAUAACCACAAUCACGGUGUGUUUGCACUGUCAGUUAAGAUUCUUACCCUUCACCUGAAAGAACUUUGUGCAUUAUGAACUAUCUAUUUGUUUUUUUUGUGUAUUGAAUUACACUUGAAUUAAAGAGUGACAAUAA